AAAGACGGUACGUAAGCGGUAGAGAGCACCGAAAUCAUCAGGCAAUUGGAAGAACCGUUCCUGAAGAAUCAGUCUCACCACAACUCCGACAGGCACCAUGGGUUUCGAGAUUCCAGAGCCAUACUGCUGGGACGAAAGCUUCAAGGUUUUCUACGAGCAGAUUGAUGAUGAGCACAAGGGUCUCUUCAAGGGCAUCUUCGAGGUUGCCGGCGACCGUAGCAACGCUGCCAAGCUGAAGUCGCUGCAGGGUCUCAUUGGCGCUCACUUCAAGUUCGAAGAGGGCAUGAUGAUUGCUGCGAAGUACGGGAACUACGACUCUCACAAGAAGAUCCACGAGGAGUUCAUUGCCAAGCUGGGCGCUGUCACCUGCCCAGUGAACGACGAGGGAAUCAACUGGGCCAAGGAGUGGCUAGUAAGCCACAUCAAGACCAUCGACUUCCAGUACAAGGGAAAGUUGUAAACUAUCUUUCUCACUCGCUUCAUAUGUCUCUUCCUCGAUUCACAUUAAAAAGCAUCCUUCUUUGUAGUAUUCUCAAACCAAACGUUUCGUCGUUUUUCUUACAUUCUGAAAUGCGACGGAGAAUUUAAACAAAGUUGAAUUUACAUUUAACCUGUUCAAGAGCAAUGGUGAUAUUAGGGCUUCAUAUGUCUGAAUAGGACUCAUAUUUUCGUGUUUCCUAUGUAAUGUUAACGAGCACAGCGUCACCAGUGUUUGUUUGUACUCAGGCAACAGUCUGAUGUUCUCAAUUAUUGUCGUUUAAAAUUGGAGUAAACGCAAACCAGUAUUUUUUACAUGUAAA